AUGAAACGUUCAAAGGCGAAAAUUGUCAACGACGAAAAGGUCGGAUAUGGCGUUCCAACGUUGAUUCAUCACAGCUAUGUCCAUCAAACGAAGGAAUUUUUCAGCAAUUCUACACUUCAUGGGGUGCGAUACAUCGCCGAAGAUGGUCGUCCAUUUCGAGAAAGAUUUAUGUGGUUUUGCUUCAUUGUUACGGGGAUUAUUGCUGCCAUCGUCAUUAUCAUGGAUCUGUGGGAAAAAUUUCAAACAAAUCCAACGAUUACAGGUCUCGAUACGGAUUUUCACAAUCAGCUGUUGAUUUUCCCAACGGUAAUGGUUUGUCCGGUGAAGCCAUUCAAUCCUGAAGUCAUACAAGAAGUAGCUGAAAAGCAGUUGGGAAUCGAACCUGAACUCAACAACACGAAAUAUAACGAGUUCCUUGAACGUCUCCCGGGCUUAUCGUACAAGUCAAUGUCGGAAUUUAGUGAAACUUUACGCGACAUAUCCAGCGAUGACGUCAUCAAAAGUGCAAAUUUACGACUUUUAGCAUUUUCCACGGCAAUCAGUUGCAACGAGACCUUCACGUUGUGCAAGUACAAAGACGAGGAAAUCGAUUGUUGCGAAUAUUUCCAGCCAAUGUUCUCGGAAAAUGGCUUUUGUUACGUCUUUAAUGGGAAAUAUCGUGACACAGCGACGGGCGAAGAGGCAAUUCCGGAGCAGUACAGCUUGUUUGAGACUGACAAAAAGUGGGGAUUGAAGUUUGUGCCUGCACUUGUGUCGGAAAUUUACUUGCAUUCAUUUCAAGAAGGUUCCGGACACGAUUUUAAGCCGAAUGUCAAAUGGGAACCAAAUUUCGCCGUGGAAUUGUUAAUUUCAAUGAAGCAAACUUACACGACGGAACAAGCGCGACAAUUGACAGUCAGUCAGAGAAAAUGCAUUUUUGAAGAUGAGUUCAAUAUGAAGUACCGGAAGGAGCAAUAUACGUUUUCGGGAUGCAUGAGAGAGUGUCGCAUCCGAAAUUCGAUGAAAUUUUGCGGUUGUGUGGCGCCGUUUUAUAUUUCGGAUCGACAUUCGUUCAAAUAUUGUCCGAUUGAAAAGUAUGAAUGCUUGGCGAAGAACAUGCUGAAUAUCACGGACAUCGAUAGCUGUCUUCAUUGCGAACUUGGAUGCGCCAACACUGUUUUCGACAUUGAAAAAUUCACCAAAAUUGCUGUCACUGACCAAAAAAUGAAGGAUUAUAUCAACAUUGAAUAUCUCACCUGGCCCAUUAUCCGUUACAAGCGCGAAGUGCUCUUCGGUUGGGUGGAUCUUCUCGUGUCAUUCGGCGGCAUCGCAGGUCUUUUUCUCGGCUUUUCCUUGCUGUCUUUCGUGGAAAUUGUUUAUUAUUUCACGUUGCGCGUCUGUUGCAUGAUGUACAAAAAUCGUUCGGAGCUCGAAGACAUAAUUGACGAAAAAAAGGGAAAAUCUCUCAAAUACACACCCGAUUGGGAAACGGAAUUUUCGUAUCAUCGCAAGUAUCAGGAGGCCAUUGAGGCGUUCAAGGUGAAGCCAUUGGGCGAAGAAACGAAAUACACGAACAGCGUCCUGAUUGGACAACAAUCGAAACACGUGACGGACAUCCCAAAGUUGAAAAUGAACAAAGUGAAGCCAGUGGCGAGUAAACCUGCAAUGCCAAAGACGAAUUACAACCAAAAAGCGAACUGGAAUAAUGUGUGGGCGACUCAAACGGAGUAUCUGCCUUAUGGACAGUACUUACCUUAA